AUGUUAGGCUCAAGAUUUACAGUAUCUAGGGGAUUAGAGAAGCCAAGAACGGCGGUGGUGAUAGAUGACGAUGACGACUUGUACGGGGGCUUCAAUGAUGUACCACCAGCUCUUGAUACAAGGAGUAUUCGUGAGGAUACAGCUCUACAGCAAACGUUGAGAACGGCUGGUAUUGGAAGACAAGCUCCCAGCAGGAUGGGAACUGGGAUGUUUCGUAUUGGUACCACGAGCCUCCGUGGUGGGUCCAGAGCAGGCACAGCUAGUACGAGGCCAGUUACCGCACACAGGGCCGCCGGCUACACUUCAACACUACGUGAUACGAGUGCCAAGGAAGAGAAAAAGGAAGAUACGAUAGAAGACAAAAUAAAACAGAUGGAGGCAAAAAUAAUGGUGCUCGUAGAAGAGUCGUGUAUGCUCAGUGCUCGGACGGUAACAGAAGAUGAAAGCAACAAGAGGGAACAAGAACUUACACAGGCCUUAGCAAAAGCUCAAGAGGCUUCCGCGCUUGAAAGACAACUGAUAAAAACUCAGGAGCAGGCCAAUUUAGGAGAUUCACAUAAUUUAGACCUCACUUUUUGUGUGCUGUGCAACUUAGCCGACCAAUAUGCGCUCAACGAAAUGUAUACAGAGGCAUUGAAUACAUAUCAAUUGUUGACACGGAAUAAGUUGUUCCCACAUGCGAAUAGGUUAAAGGUAAAUAUGGGAAACAUUUACUUCAAGAUGGGCGAACACCCAAAAGCGUUAAAAUUGUACAGGAUGGCAUUGGAUCAAACACCGACUGCUGAAAAAGAUUUGAGAAUGAAAGUGAUGCAUAAUAUUGGAUUGUUGUUAGUGCGCAUGGGCAAGUUUCGUGAUGCUGUCACGAAUUUCCAACAUAUUAUGCAGGAACAGGGCGAUUUUCAGACAGGUUUACACUUAGUAUUGUGUUCCGUGGCUUUGGAAGACGCGGAAGCCGGUAAAGCGGCCUUCCACUCGAUGUUGGACGUGGAGUUACCCAAUUAUCACCAUGACAUACCUAUUGAUGAUGAAAACGACGCCUACGAAUGCGUAGUACGAGACGUGGUGCGUGGAGAUCGUCUGUCCCGAUGGUCGCGAUCUGCCGCCUCUCACGCCGAUAGAUGUCUUGCGCUUGCCGCCGCUGCUCUGGCGCGGCCUGCUGGUAGGAGUUUGAGGGAUGAAGAUCUAGGUGGUUCGUCUUGGUGUGUCGAAGCACUUCGUGGUUACUCAGGUGGGGGGGCGGGAGCGCGGCUCGAACUCGGCAGCGCGCUUGCAUCGCUUCGUGGCGCUGCAGCAUCUGGCGGUAGUGGGACGGCUGCUGGACUUAAAGCGCUGCAGCGGCUUAAAGCGGUGGCGCGGGCGCAUCCGAACGAUCGAGUGCUUCGAGCUGAGGCUAAUGCGGAUGCCGCUUUUGUCGCUUAUGCUCUUGGGAAAUGGUCUGAAGCCCAAUCUUUAAGCGAGGCGGCGUGCAAAGAUGACCCCUACUCGUGUCCAGGGCGAGUGACAGCCGCUCUGGCGGAGAUGUCCUCGGGCCAGGCCAACAGCACCGCCAACGUCUUGAACCAAUUGUCCACGGCCACACAUCUGGAUCCGGCUGAUCUUAUUGCUAUGCAUGAUCUGGCACUAAUAUUGGAAAUGUGCGGCGAGGACAAUAGCGCUGAAGCCCGUUGGCAGCGCAUGCGCAGUGGCUCGAGCGCAGGCGCCACUCUACGGGCGCUGGCUGCGGCUGGACUCGCGAGGCUCGCGCGUACUACUGACAUUAGCAAUGGCAGCGCAGACCAUUGGUACAGUAUGAUUGGUACCUGGGACGCGGGCGUAUCGUGUGCGCUUGCACAGUUGCACACGGAAAUGGGGGACGUACAGACAGCCAAGCAUCACUAUCAAGAUGUGGAAGCGGUGUGGCCAUGCGAACUAUCGGCCUUACAAUGGCUGGCCGGAGAGUCGUCAACUGAAGAAGCGUUGCAGUAUUAUAGACGUGCAGCGCGAUUGCAGCCCAACAACCCGCAAUGGGGUCUGCUUAUUGGUGGAUGUCUUCGGGCAAGUGGUCGUUACCAAGAAGCACUCUCUCUAUACAAAAAGCUCAACUCCCGAUUUCCAGAUAAUGUUCAAUGCUUAAAGCUGAUAGUAAAACUAUGUGGGGACCAAGGCUUGGCCGAGACAAACGCAUGGAGCCGGGAAUUGCAACGAGCGCAGGCGCGAGCCAAACAGCAGGAAAGAGCAUCGAUCACUUCGGCAAGCAGUAUAUCAUCUGGACUGAGCCAGUCUCCAAUAGAAAUUCGUGCGACAUCAAGAGCAGAUAGCGCCGCCACGGUGACCCGUCGAUCUAGUGAGACUCGCCUCAAUACGGCAGCUGGUAACAGCAGUGAUGCAAAUGAUUUCGCUGUACCUCGCGCUGUUAUUCAGCAGAAGAAGAGAGACAUGUUUGAUGACGACCUUCCUCUGCCCCCGGAAUAA